CACUUUUACUCGUUGACUAGUGUCCUACAUUGAUUUGGCCUCAGAUAAGCAGGGGCUGAAUGAUGGUCUGAAAAAUUGUAUUUUGGACAAAUUGAAGGGAUUGAUGGAGGGUGACUCGGUACGAAAAUGGGUGAAGAAACUGGGAAUGCAGGGGUUGAGAUUAAGAAUAUUGAAGAUAAAUUGAAGAAGGAAGAGGGAAGGAUUGGAGGCCGAGAGAGAGAUUUGAUCUCAAAGAGAGUUGAGGAGCUCAAUAGUGGAUUGAGGUGUAUUGUUGAUUAUUUGGAGAAUGAGGAGAAAACGGAGGUGGUGGUUGAGAUGUUUCAUUUGGUGGGAGAAAUUGACUGGGGAAAGAUUUACAGCUUGUUAACGAGGGAAUAUAGGCGGCUUGACUAAGGAUUGCCAAUUUAUGCAUAUCGUCCAGCAGAAAACAGUGCUGAUAGGAGAGACCAGCUCACGUUUGUUCAGUUUCUUGCCGAUUCAAGGAUGUUUGGUCACGUCUCUUUUGUUUGCGCUUAGCCACGUAAACUCUCUGCCAUCUCGUUGGCAGAAAGGGUCAAAGGGGAAAUUUGUGUUGUUCCAAGAUACUUCAGUUAUUGUUUGUUCGUCAUGUUCAUCGUCUCAAGAGUUCGGUUGUAAGGUCAUAUUCAUGACUGACCCCUGCCUCCUGCAGCACUACAUGAGUGCUAAGCAAUUACCCCAGAUCUCAUGCAUUAUUGUUGACGAGGCUCAUGAAAGAAGCUCGAGCAUAGAUUUCUUUCUGGCGAUAACUAAGAAUCUACUUGGUGAGAGGCGUGAUUUGAGGCUUAUAAUUAUGUCAGCAACAGCCGAUGCAGACAAGUUGGCCAAUUACAAAUUUUGUUCUGGAACCUUUCAUGUGGCAGGCAGAAAUUAUCCCAUUGAUAUAAAUAUGCUCCGUUCAAUGAAGGGUCUUCUGGUUCUCGAUCGAUUGCAUUGUAUGUUCCUGAUUUGUGAGGAUGGUGACUGAGAGCCAUCUGCCAGUGUGUUACCUUUACAUGGAAAACUUUCUUACGAGGACCAAAUCGAGUUUUUCUGGACUACCUAGGAAAAAGAAAGUUAGUCAAAUAUGUGGUUGAUUCUGGCAUGGUGAAGGAAAGUAGAUUUGAUCAUGCCACUGGCAUGAACGUUCUAAGGGUUUGCAGGAUCUGUCAUAGUUCUGUGAAUCAACGGGUGGGUUAUUCUGGGAGAACUGAACCUGGAACAUGUUAUAGACGUUACACAGAAGAUGAUUAUUUAUAAAAAAUACCUCACUAGGAACCAGAAAUUAUUAUGGUUCAUCUUGGAGUUGCAGUUCUGAGGAUUCUUGCUUUAGGAAUCAAGAAUGUGCAGGAUUUUGACUUUGUUGAUGCACACAGUGUCAGAACGAUUGAGAUGGCCAUCAUAAAUAUUCAAUUAGGAGCUGUUGUAGUGAGAGAUGGUGUGCAUGAAUUAAAAAAAGAAGGUUGGGAUUUAGUCAAGUUGGGUAUUGAACCUCGUCCUAGCUAUGGAGGGCCGUGUUCUUGCCACAGUUAUGGAAAGUUCUAGCAUUGAAAUCUAAUUGCCUUAAAGUGCAGUUUUUGCCAGCAAAAUGGGGAUCUCUUCAGUUCGCUGUUUGUUUAUAAAGAGCGGGAGGCUUUGCCUUGGGAAAUGAAAAAUAUCUGGUGCUGGGAAAACAACAUUAAUGCGAAGCCAAUGAAGAGAUGCCAUGACACCGUGCAAGAACUGGAAGCUUACCUUAAGAAUGAAUGCAAUAUUAUUGUGCCUAGUUAUUGGUGUACGAAUUCUCAGAUGAAUACUGAGCAUGAUGAAACUUUGAAAAAUGAAAUUCUAUCUUCCCUCGCAGAAAAUGUGGCAAUGCUCUCUGGUAUUAUAAUCAACUUGGAUAUAAAGUCGCAUCGACUGGGAAACACGUUCAACUGUAUUUGUGACAGUGAGUGGGGGCACUUACAGAUUUUGUCCGUCACCUGACUGUCCAUCAAUUUAUCGAGUGGAAAUCAUGGGACUUCAUGCAAACUAUUUGCCUGUGGUUUGUAUUUUGUGGAGACGUACACAUGCCACAUGGAGUUUCAUCUGUAUGUGUCAUGCCAAAAGUAUCAGGAAUUCAAAGAUGGCCCUGAUUCUUCUCUGCAGGAAUGCUCUAAAUGGAGAGAGAAUGUGAGGAAGUACUCAUGCUGUGGUUUCACGAUUGAGAAGAUGGAUGGGUGCAAUCAUGUUGAGUGUAGGUGCGGGAGGCACAUUUGCUGGGUUUGCUUGAAGUGCUUCGGGAGGAUUGAUGAAUGCUAUGGUCAUCUGAGGUCUGUACACUUCGCCAUCAUUUGAAUAACUUUAGCUCAUUAUCUUUCUUACACGCCAACUUAUAUAUGUAUAUGACCGUGUUAAUAUCUAUAAUAGCAUACACGUAACUAGAAGAGUAAAACAAACCCAUCUAAUUGCUUCUGUACAUAUGUUUGGCGAUGCAGUUAAAAUAUUUUUCUGAA